AGAGAAGGGGAUGCCUUUGUAGGUCCUCAUUCUUCAGCCAGAUGAUUUUGAGGAACAAGACAUGGGGCUCUGGUUUAGACCUUUCCAUUUGCAGUGUUAAAAAAAAAGGCUCCUCACUGACCACAAGAACUCUGUGACCAGCCCCCACAUUUACACGCCCACACUUACACAUUCAAUUGCUCCAUGAGUCCUGGGGAACAGCUCACUGUCACUCACAUAGUCCAACUCAACUCCACCCAACCACACACUACGCAAUUCUUGUAGGGUAGUUGUGCUCUUUCUGAGAAGUCUAGAACUUUAGUGGAACGGUAGUAGAGAGGACAGAGAAAGUACCUAUAGUGAACUAGGACCCCAGGAAUUAGCCACUGGUGGGCAUUGUGGUGCUUCAUAGGCAGCCAACCAUACAAAAAGAAGAACUUUACAUCCUUCUUGUCAUUUUGAAAGACUGUAAAACCAGAGUCAAAUCUUCAUCAUCUCACAGGAAGCCAAGAACUUACUACUUGUACAGGACCUUGAACAAUGAAUUCAUAAAGACUCUUAAAGGCCCAGAAACAAAGUCCAUGCAGACAAAAUCCUCUGGAAGCAGAAACCCUCUCUCUUUAAUAGAAAAGUAAAUACAGAAGCCAUUGUUCCUGACCAGUUCCUGAUGGAGAUUUCAGCUACCACAGAAGACUACUAUACAACCACAGAAUUUGACUAUGGAGACUCCACCCCAUGCCAAAAGGCUGCUGUAAGAGCCUUAGGGGCUGGACUCCUACCCCCCCUGUACUCCCUGGUGUUCAUCAUUGGAGUGAUAGGCAAUGUUCUGGUGGUUCUGGUGCUCAUGCAGUACAGGAGGCUUCGAAGCAUGACCAGCAUCUACCUGUUCAACCUGGCCAUCUCUGAUCUGGUCUUUCUUUUCACUUUGCCUUUCUGGAUUGACUACAAGCUGAAAGACAACUGGGUUUUUGGUGAUGCCAUGUGUAAGCUCCUCUCUGGGUUUUAUUACCUGGGCUUAUACAGUGAGAUAUUCUUUAUCAUCCUGCUGACGAUUGACAGGUACCUGGCCAUUGUCCAUGCAGUGUUUGCCCUGAGGGCACGGACUGUCACUUUUGGCAUCAUCACCAGCAUCAUCACCUGGGUCCUAGCCAUCUUGGCCUCCAUUCCUGGCUUAUACUUUUUCAAAGUCCAGUGGGAAGCCAAUCACAAUACCUGUAGCCCUCAUUUCCCCUAUGAGAGCCUGAAGCAGUGGAAGCGGUUUCAGGCUCUGAAGCUGAACCUCCUUGGGCUAAUUUUGCCUCUGCUAGUCAUGAUCAUCUGCUACACAGGGAUCAUCAGUAUUCUGCAAAGACGACCCAGUGAGAAGAAGGCCAAAGCUGUGCGCCUGAUAUUUGCUAUCACGCUUCUCUUCUUCCUCCUCUGGACCCCCUAUAAUCUGACUGUAUUUGUUUCUGCUUUCCAAGAUGUUCUAUUCACCAAUCCAUGUGAGCAGAGCAAACAGCUGGACCUGGCCAUGCAGGUGACUGAGGUGAUUGCCUACACUCACUGCUGUGUCAACCCAGUCAUUUACGUCUUUGUGGGUGAGCGGUUCCGGAAGUACCUCCGGCAGCUGUUUCGAAAACAUAUGGCUGUACCCCUGGCAAAAUGGUUGCCCUCCCAUUUUGUGGACCAACCAGAAAGGGCCAGUUCUAUAUCUCCAUCCACAGGAGAGCAUGAGCUCUCUGCUGGCUUCUGAUUCAGACCCCUGGGUGUCAACCAAGGUCUAGGAGAGAGUGAGGAGAUAGAACAUGGCUCUCUAGGACAGAUACUGGCAGCUGUCACAAUGAGGAUUCACAAUCUUGUAGGGUGAGAGGAAACUUAAAGGUGGCUUAGGUAUAAGUCAUCUCUUUAAUUUAACUUUCCUUGAAUGUCUCUCUGUUGAAAAGUAGAUGAAUGAAAAAGUAGGAUGUUCCAGAGACUAGGAUAAUGUAUACCAAUGAAGGGCUUGGGCCCAAUAAGAAUUAGGAUCUGUGGUCAUUAACAAACAGAGCUGAACUGAACUUUUACUGAAUCCCACUCCUAAUGAUGUGAUAUUCUGAAAAAAAUUCAAGAAAGUAUUGUAAUAGAAAAGAAUUUUGUAUACUUGUAUAUUGACAUACAUUAUAAAGCAUAAGAUGUUAUAUCAAAAAUUUAAACUGUAACAAACUGAAGUUGUUAAUUUAUUCAGUUAUUUUAAAUAAUUAGCAAAGAUACAAAUAGAUUACAGAAUAAAUGCAAUAGCAUUAGUAUACAAAUACUGACUACAAGGAAAUAACAAUAAAAUACAUAGUUCUUUUGGUUGCUAAAAUUGGUGAAGAAAUAUUAUUUCAUUUUGUUAAUGAAAAUGCAUAGUACAGGAGCAAAUAUGGCAAAAAACAGUCACAGACAUGUGGUUUGAAACAAAUGUACAUUAGUGAAGUAUUUCUGAAAAACAAUUUUAAAAGUUCAAUAUUACUAAAAAGCUAAGUAGUCCAUUUUAUGGUAAUAUUAGCAGAUACUAGUAAAAUGGCAUAUCAUUUAAUUAUUUCAGAAAUAUUAUAUGUUGGUCAAUAUGGCAUAUGACACAAACAUUAAUAUUUUAAAGAAUUUGUAUUGAUUUGGGAAUAUGUUCAUAAUAUUAUUAAAUUAAAAUGGAAAUAAAAAGCUGGCAAGAUGGCUCAGCUGGUAAAGGCACUUACCACCAAGCUUGACAACCUGAGUUCAAUCUUAAGAACCCACAUGGUGAAAGGAGAAAACUGACUCUAACAAAUAGUCCUCUGAUCUCCCUAUGUACACACACACACACACACACACACACACACACACACACACACACACACACACAAAUAAAUUAAUGUAAAAAAUAAAAAUAUGAGAUUCUUUCAGUUCACAUUUUACAUACAAAAAGAACAAAAUAAAAGGAUACACCAAUACAUUUUCCCUUGCUAUAAUAAAUUCCCUAAGGCUAGUACUUUAUACAUGAUAAAGGUUUAUCUAACUUGAAGCUUU